UGAGGGGUUUGGUAGCGUUGCUGUGCGCUGUGUGAUCUGCGCGCUGCGUGUAUGGAGGAAGCAGCUGCUGAUCUGAUCUCUGACAUUGUGCGAGACAGACAUCUGAAUUAAACUCUGCCUUUACAACACACCGCUCCCGGGUAACGACGUGUACGAUUAACUCUGUGGUUUAAUGGGUCCAAUCAUUGGGAUGUCACCAGAUAAGAAAACGGAAAUUCCGGGUAUGCAGGACGAGCGGACGGGCCUCAGAGGUGUCUGCGGUGUGGGAACCCUGCCUGAGGCAGAGUGUGCAUCCAGUCCGCUGGCAACAAGUGUGGAUCGCGCUUCAGGUACAGAGGAUGAGGAGCUCACCAACCUCAACUGGCUCCAUGAGAACCUGCUUCAGAACUUCACUCUAGGGGGCCCAGAGGCACAGACAAGCGGCAGCCCCCUCUUCGACAUCGAAGGAGACUACAAGCCAAACCAGGGGGCAUCGUCAUCCUCGUCACCUUCGUCACAAAACAGGGGCAGGGAUCGGGACUCGCUAAAAUCGAAGCCCCCUUUCUCAUUUUCCCUCCUCAUCUACAUGGCCAUCGAGCAAUCUCCCAGCAAGUCACUGCCUGUUAAAGAGAUCUACGGAUGGAUUCUGGAGCACUUCCCGUAUUUCUCCAACGCUCCCACAGGCUGGAAGAACUCAGUCCGUCACAACUUGUCUCUAAAUAAAUGCUUCCGCAAGGUGGACAGGAGUUUGGGAAAGGCCAAUGGAAAAGGUUCCCUCUGGUGUGUUGACCCAGAGUAUCGCCCCAACUUAAUCCAAGCUCUUAAGAAGCAGCACUUCCCAGCCGUUCAUGCCUUCUGUACGCCACCCGCCUCCCCACCCAGUGCCUCCUCACCUCCUCGCCAUCUCUUUCUACAAGGCUGCUCAUUCAAAGAGUCUGACAUUGAUGCUGCCACUGCCAUGAUGCUCUUAAACUCUGCCCCUGGGCACCACGUUGACCCAUGUAACUCUGAUGGGCCGCUGGACCUCUCCCGACCCGACUCUGUGCUGGUGAGCAGUGAUCCAAAGCAGGACCACAACUACAGCAGUGCAGCCCUGCAGCGCUGCUCCUCCCGCUCCUCCUCCUCCUCUCUCUCCUCCCUGGAGGAAGGCGGCUGCGGGCCUAGGCAGUCACGGCGCGCUGGCAGCGAGGGUUUCCACAGCGACGAGGACUCCGACCUCUGGGACGAGAGGGCUGUCCAGCAGACUUCCCGACGUCCAACCGCCAUCAAGUGGCCCAUCAGCAAGCGACCCCGACGCGAGGUCAAACCAGAGCUGGACGAGGAGCUAAAAGAGGCGGCAGGGUCGUUGCUACACCUCGCUGGUAUACGCAGCUGUACAGAGGGGUCCAAACGUACUGUCAAAAGCACAAAACUUAACAGGAAAUGAAGUUCCCUUCACCCCAAUAAACUCUGGUCCCUGUGAAUCCUAACCCCUGACUCCCGAUCUUGUGCCUCCUUCUCCUCACCUGAUCGUUCACUGGCCAUUUUGAGCCUCUUUUGGUUGGGAGCGUCCUCGUCCAACUAACAAAUGGCAAUAGUAUCGUUCACACGGGAGAACAAAGCCAUAUAGAGUAACUCGGGAGGGGGAGCGGAUGUUUGGGCUGUGGAGAUCCAUCAAAAAGUACCUAUCCAAAAAUGACCUGCCUGUUUUUGUCAGAUUUCGAAGACUGUGAUUCAAGAAUUUCUUUCAAAGACAAAAAAAAAAUUCAAAAAAUGGGGAAAAAAGCUUAAGGUUUUUCUAACUCAAAGCGUUGCAUGCUUCCUCCUCAAACUGUAUCCUCUUCCAAGUGAAUCUAUUUAUGAAGCGAAUGAGUGCAUGUUUGUAACAGACAAAGCCUAACCUCCUGGUGUUAUCAGUUUCUCCUCUUUGUGCUACAAGAUAGAAAAAAAAAACUAAACAAACAACAACAACAACAAAGUAAUGCCACUAUUUGGAAAGCAA